UUAAAGUUAGUCGGAAAGCCUAGGAAAGGAAAUUCUACUGAAUUCAGAAGGGGUUGUUUUUCAAUUACAAUGUGUACUAGCCAGCUUUAAAGACAAGGAAGAGGUUGUGGCAGGAAUGAGAAACACAGGGUUUUAAAAAGGGUUUGCAAGCAGUGGGAAAGCAAACAUUAAGAGGAAAAGGGGAAGAAAAUACAGAGGGUGCACAGAAGACACAGCAACAUACUCUUAAGGCUGUAAUGUGAAAGAUAGCUGCCAGGCAUGGAAAAGUGAAGAAGAAACACAAACUUUUAUUCCUGGUUGGAUUUCUUUGCUUCAUUUUGGUUGAGCUCCAUUUCAGUGGGCAACUGCGUGGAGUUCGAUUUCAGCAGGACAUCUUUGCUACUGGGAAAGGUUGCUGCUGUCUGUAGAUUUAUAAACGCUUAAAUUGUUCCCAUUUGCCUUCAUCUGAGUGUGUUUUCCCUAAACCAAUUGAUCAUAAAGAAACUGGAAGGAAGAAAUGGAGUCCAAUCAGACAGAGCAACAGCAGAAAGCUGAGGUCCGGAUUUCAAAAGCUCUCUCAGUGGGUGAAAAUGCAGCUAUUGCUUCUAGAAAAGAAGUGGUGAAGAAAGGCCUUGACAAGCUUGGGAUUCCAUGUGAUGUGGACAAAGUCCCCAAUAUUGCUGUCCUUGCAUCAGGCGGGGGUUCGAGGGCCAUGAUUGCCCUAUAUGGUACACUAGUGGAGUUGAAAAAAUACAACCUUUUGGACUCUGUGAUGUACUUGGGUGCAGUGUCAGGAUCUACCUGGUGUCUGUCAGCCCUUUACAAAGAUAACGAUUGGGCAGAAAAAAUUGAAAUCUUAGAAAAACAGCAUUGUGCAAACAUCGUUCAUGGCCAGUGGGAAGUUAAGAAGGCAACGGAAGCUGUUUUAGAAGCUACAGAAGACAACUGUUACUCAUUGACUGACUUCUGGUCUUAUUUUCUGGUGCAUAAAUUGCUAAACCAGUUGGAUCAGACUGAAUUGUCCGCCCAUGGGGAAUCUUGUGAGAAUGGAAGAAAUCCUUAUCCCAUCUAUGCAGCUGUGGACAAAGAAUCAUACCUGAAACAUCAUGAAGGUACCUGGUUUGAAUUUACCCCACAUGAAAUUGGGAUUCCUGGCCUAGGAGCAUACAUAGACACCAGACAUUUUGGGAGUGUAUUUGAAAAUGGACAACUGGUUGAAAAGAGGAAGGAGAAAAAUAUCUGCUAUCUGCAAGGUUUAUGGGGAAGUGCCGUUGGAAGUGAGGAAGAACUUUUAAAUAAUGUAACAGGUGCUUUGCAGAACUUUUUAAAACGUGACAGAUCAGAAGAUUCUUCUUUAACAGACUUAGAACAAGAAGACCAGAAAUUCAAAUCUCUCCUUGGGGGCUAUCAAUCUGUUCUGGAUCUGAAGCUCUCUGAGUCAUUGGAUGGAAAAGGGGCAGAUGAACAAUUUGACCAUUUGGAGAGCAUUUUAGAAGAUUCUAGCCAAAACUCUGAACUGGUCAGGCAGAUCCGUCAAACCUGGUCUUCUGCAGAUGCAGAAACAAGAAAGGAAAACUAUAUGAGACUGUGCCAAGCGAUAGACACAUAUUUUGGAGAUUUUCCAGAUCACACCCAACAAGUUUUCCGUACUCUGUUGAGAAAGACUUUUUCAUGCCUUUUGAACUGGACAUGGGGCACCACCCAUAAUUUCCUGUACCGCUGCCCUGGUGUUGAAUUCCCGGAGCUGACAAGUAAACCGAUUGUUUCACUGAUUGAUGCUGGUUUGACUAUCAAUGCUGGUUACCCGUCAGUUCUUUUCCCUGAAAGGCAGGUGAAGCUGAUCAUCUCUUUCGACUACAGUGCUGGGGAUCCUUUUCUGACCAUUAAAAAUACUGUUGAAUACUGCAAAGCGUAUGGAAUACCAUUUCCCAGGAUAGAUGAGAGAGACCUGCAGGACACUGAUAACCCAUCAGAUUGCUACAUCUUCAGAGGAGAAAAUGCCCCAACGGUCAUACAUUGUCCACUAUUUAAUAAUGUCAACUGUCCAGGCAAAAUUGCUGAAUACAGAGAGCAGUUUUCUACCUUCAAGAUGAACUACUCAGAGGAGGAGAUUGAUAAAUUGCUGACUGCAGCAAAGACAAAUGUAGCAAAUAUUCAGCAAAAGAUUCUCAAGGAGAUUGAGCGCAUUGUGGGCUCGCAUUCUCAUGAAGCUUAAAAAUACAUUUUCUGUUCUAAGGACAUAAUAGUUAAGAUAAUACCAAAAAUCCGAAUGUCAUUUUAUGCUGGUGUAAUGCAUGCUAUGUAGCUUUUGGUGGUGAAUUAUCACCAAUUAAGAAGUCGGUAUAGAUAUUCUCUUUUAUGUAUGUUGUAGAAUUGUGUAUGCAAUGGAUAGUAACCUAUGCUUCAUUCUUAUGGCAAUUCUACACUC